UGGGUGCAAGUGCAUCAUCAGCCGGUGGUGGCGGUGGUUAUCCAUCGGUUAUGACUUCAUCACAACAGAGUGGCCAUUCAUCGGCCAUGGGUGGUGGUAUGCCACCUGGGACAAGUACCAGUUCCAGUUUGCUACUGCCAUCAACGGGGGCCAACUCGUUAAUGACAAGCUCGAUGGGAGGUCUCAGCAGCGGCGGUGCGGUUGGUCCACAUUUUCGUGAGCCACGACGGAAACGUGUCACAGGCUUUGCAACGCUUAAACGUAAAUUUAUAAGACGACGGCGUUCGUCCAAAGCCUGCGACCACGCCCGAGUCCUAAGGGAUUUUGUUUCCGACUGGACGCCCCUGGAGUUGGCUGCCUUGUGUGAGGAAUAUGAAGCCCUGUCUGCUUUACGUGAUUUAUCAAUGCAAGCCGAGCUGGCCCGACCACCUGCUACCACAUACAAACAAGAUCUUGCUGCUCUCUUUGAAACGAAGACUUGUACAGACUGUGAUCUCGUCUUCCGUGGCGCCAUAUUCCCCGUGCAUCGCUGCAUACUCUCGUCGCGUUGCACCUAUUUCCGUGACCUCUUGGCCAGCUGCCCUGGCUUUGGGGCUCGCAUCUGUCUCGAAUUACCUGCCUCACCAAUAGAUGUUCAAAUGUUCGCCUCACUGUUGCGAUAUCUCUACACGGGCGACCUGUGUCCUCACGACUCCAGUAUAGAUAUUGGCCUCUUACGGCAGCUGGGUGAUGAUUUUGGCACACCCAAUCCCCUGGAACAUGAUUUACGGUACUUAUUGGAAACGGGUGAUUAUGCGGAUGCCGCCUUGGUUUUCACCUCGGAGAGUUGUGGUGGAGGAGGUGGUGGCGGUGAUGUCUAUAACCGCCCCGAUUCGGGUAACUCUGAAUACGGAUUUCGCCCCAAAUUGGAACUGCCCUGCCACAAAGCGAUUCUCAGUGCCAGAUCGCCGUUCUUUCGUAAUCUCAUAGCCAGACGGACACGCAACAUGGAUGCCGAGUAUGCUGAGCGGGCGUUGCAUGUGCCAACGCGCAUUGUCCUCGAUGAGACCGUGAUACCAAAACGUUAUGCUCGUGUUCUUUUACAUGCCAUUUAUUUGGAUACCGUAGACUUAACAUUAAUUUUAAGAGGUGCCAAUUCGGGUACUACAGCGGCUGGUUCGCUGGGCGAAGUACAUGCACUGACGGCGGGCCGUACACGGCCCACACCCCUGGAAGAAGCCAUGGAGUUAUAUCAGAUUGGUCGAUUCCUGGAAUUGGAUAUAUUGGCGCAGGGUUGCGAAGAUCUCAUAUUGGAAUGGUUGACCUUGGAUACACUGCCAACGGUGCUCAAGUGGGGUAGUCAGCCCCAUGGUUCAGCGUGGGUUUUUCGUCAGGCUUGCCAAUAUUUACGCGAAGAAUUCUCGGCAGUCAUUUCAUCACCGGUUCUUCAUCAACUCGACAAAUCACAACUCAUCCACGUCCUCCAGUCGAAUUUCUUGCAAGCUUCCGAGUUGGAAGUGCUCCAGGCCGUACUCAAGUGGGGCGAACAAGAGCUUAUACGACGCAUGGAAGAUCGUGAACCCAAUCUACUGUCACACACUGCCCAUUCGGUGACACGUAAGGGUGUCAAGAAACGCGACCUAAGCGAUGUGGAGCUACGAGAAAUUCUUUCAGAUCUGCUGCCCCUCGUAAGAAUGGAUCAUGUUUUGCCGCCCAAUAGUGAGGUUCUGGCCCAAGCCAUACGUCGUGGUUUGGUAAGUACUCCACCCUCGCACAUGAUUGGUGAUGAGCGUGAAAAUCUAAGGGUGAAUGCCUGGAUCAGAGGUGGCAAAAAUCAAGGCCUCUUUGUAAGGCCGCGCCUUUUUAUGCCCUACUUUGAGGAGAUCAAAGCAUUACUGGAAGACCGCAUGACCUCAUCACAUCAUCAGGCGGAAUUAAUGAGAAUGCGUCGUUCGCGACAAAUGCCCGAUAUACCCGAUACCCUAUAUAUGGUUUCUCGCAUGAAUGCUGCUUCGAACAGUGGUGUUGGCAAUGCCGGAGUGGGGUCGGGCACCGAUACGGUAGAUAUUUUGGCAGCUGCUGCCGCCAUACCUCCACCAGAUACUCAAACCUUAGCUGCCAUGCUGAAACGGGAACAUAAAUUGCGACAGUCUCAAUUGUGCCAGCGGGCCUUACAUCUGCCCCUCUCAUCCAAACAUGAAAUUGACCGGCAGAUACGUUUACGUGUCGUUAGAGAAUUCAAUUUGCCGGAUGCAGUUUCGGAUCUAUUGGAGACCUCACUGCUUGGCAAUCCCCGCAAUGUUAUGCAAGAAGAAGUACAAAAUAUGGCCGAUUCCACGACAACGGUGCAAUCUGUCGAUGACUGUUGCCUGUUGGAGGACGAUGAUCAAAGUCCUCCGCCCUCACCGGCAGCAGCAUCGGCCGGUUCAGUGCCUAGGCAUACCUCAGCGAUGGCAGCAAGUUAUCUAUCCACAACAUCGGCAGCAACGUCGUGUGGCAGUAGUGCGGCUGCUGUUGGAGGUGUUGGUGGUGCCGAAUCCCUACCCUCUUGUUAUACAAGAAAUUUAACAUUCCCCCGACAACAUGCUGCCGGUUUACUAGGCAUAGGAGCAAUGGGAGCGACGGGAUUGCCACCGAAUUUUGCGCGUCUCUCGGCCUCAGCACAUCAUCGCAACGAUCUGCCCGCGCUAAUAACGGAAGGUGAUUAUCGUGGAUUUGCCCAUGGCAGCGCCAUUGGUUUGGACAUGGGCGGUGCUGAAGGUGGUGCAAUGGGCUGUGCGGAUGCUGGCAAUGCUGGACAUUUAUCAGAUAUGAUGCCAGAUGUGGCAAUGGCAACCGCAUCAUUGGGUCAAUUGCAUUUGGCCAAUGCCGGUGGUAGUUCGGCAAGCAGUACGAAUGAUAUGCCCGAGUCGCUGCAGCUGGAUUUGGGUGAUGGUUCAAGUCAUAUGAUGGGUGCGGCGGCGGCGGGAGCUGGAGUAGCAGCGGGACCAAUGGGGGGAUUGAGGGGAUUGCAGCACCAAUUACCUCCUAGUAAUUAUCACCAUUUCAUGCAGCGAUCCAAUUCACCCUUUGAUGUCUUACGACAAGGACAACAUUCACCAGCACCUGCGCCACAACAGCAUCCACCACCUGGGACGUACAAUACUGGACCACCACGUUUCUUAUAGAGUUUGCGUGUGGCCCCCGAUGAGGGCCUUUAUUUUAGCAUGCCUUUUUGACAAAAAGCACAAACACAACAACCACAACCCGAA